UGCUCUUGUCUUGUCUUUCUUUUCCAGUUUAAUCCAUUCACACACACACGCACAUGCACCCACACACUGCACUCGGCUCUCUCGCUGGCGUCGCGUCAGCCACAAGUUCUUCGCUGGGGCGAUCGGAUCAAAUCUCUGGCAUUCCUUCCAUAUAAGAAACAUUUCUCCGUCAAAAUUUCUGCUGUCACGUUGUGUUUUGUGUUGUGUUGGUGCGUGCUUAAUUGUUAAGCAAUAAUAUGUCCAAAAACGAGGAUACACCCAUUGCCAAUUCGGCAAAGACCCGACGAAAUAACUAUGGAACGGCUCCAAGCUUUCGCCUGCUGGAGCAGGGGCAGCUGCAGGCCCAGACCCAUGGUGGCAAUGGCAACAACAAUAACCCAGCAACGCCCUCAACACCUUCACAAAUUUUUUGUUUGCACGGACGCUCCAAUAACGUGGAAGUUCGAGAUCAUUGCCAUCGUGCCCGCAGCGAGGGUGUGGAUGUAAAGGCCCGUCGCAAGCUGAUUAUUGCCAGUAUUUUGUGUCUGGUUUUCAUGAUUGCCGAAAUUGUGGGUGGCUACCUAUCGAACAGUCUCGCCAUUGCCACAGACGCCGCCCAUUUGCUCACAGAUUUUGCCAGUUUUAUGAUCUCAUUGUUUGCCAUCUGGAUUGCCGGACGUCCAUCUACGCAAAGGAUGUCCUUUGGCUGGUAUCGCGCCGAGGUCAUUGGCGCCAUGGCCUCUGUAUUCCUGAUUUGGGUCAUCACUGGCAUACUCGUCUGGCUGGCCAUCGGACGCCUCAUUACGGGCGACUUUGAGGUGGAUGCCAGGAUCAUGCUGAUCACAUCGGGACUGGCCAUAUUGGUUAAUGUCAUAAUGGGCGUCCAACUGCAGCAUGGGCACUCGCAUGCUUUGGGCGGCGGUCAUGGCCAUAGCCAUGGCGGCGGCGGCGGCAGCUCCAACAAGAAAUCCAAGAAGCCAAAGAAGUCAAACAAAACGGGUCGGCUGCCGUCUCAUGCCCAUGCCACAUCCACGCCAUGCGCUGCCUCGCCCACAGAGCGAAUUGAGGGCGGUGUGGCCUUUGCACCCGAGGAUGCUGAAUUGCCGGCCAGCGGAUUGCCGACCUACUCCUAUCAGAAUGCCAAGUUGGUGGAUCCGACUCUGGAUUUGGAAAUUGCGGCCGUGCUGGCCGAAACGGCGCCGGGUGCCCAUCAUCAUGGCGGGUCGACGGGUCGUGAGGCCGUCAACAUGAAUGUCCGUGCCGCGCUGAUCCAUGUGAUUGGCGAUGUCAUCCAGAGUGUUGGUGUGUUUCUCGCUGCUCUUGUGAUCUACUUUUGGCCAGAGUACUCCAUCGUUGAUCCCAUUUGCACAUUUGUGUUCUCCAUCAUUGUGCUCUUCACCACCUUCACGAUCAUGAAGGAUGCCCUGCUGGUACUGAUGGAGGGUACACCCAACUAUAUGCAUUAUGCCGAAGUGCUGCAGAUAUUCCAAGCCAUUGAGGGCGUUGAGCGGGUCCACAAUUUGCGCAUCUGGGCGCUGAGCAUUAAUAAAGUGGCGCUAUCUGCGCAUUUGGCCAUUGCUAACAAUGCCAAUCCAAAGCAGAUACUGGAUGCAGCCACUUCGGCGGUACACUUGCGCUACAAUUUCUUUGAGACGACCAUACAAAUUGAGGAUUAUACGGCCCAGAUGGAGAGCUGCAUGCAGUGCAAUGUGCCAGAAAAGUAGAAGACCAAACCAACC